AUGUUGAUUGUUGAUUAAUUUUUUUUCAUUCUGAUUUGCUUCAAAAUACCAAAAUAAGGAGAAAAGUGUUUUGUUUUUUAUGAAUUUUUAAGUGAAUUUUCAUGCAAUUAAUAGUCAUCCUGAUUCUUAUUGCUUUGUAUCCAAUAGAUCACCAUGCAACUGUUAGAACAUGAAGAAACUAAUGGAAAACUAUAGAUUAGGACGCUAACAAACAAGUUGUAAUAAAAAUGUCAGUUUCAGUUGUUUCCCAGUUUGUUUCUGGUCUGAAAUCAAAAAAUGAACAGACCAGGACCCGAGCUGUUAAGGAACUUUUCAUGUAUGUCAAAAAUGACCUUAGAGAUGCCAGCCCUGAUGAAGUCAAUUUAUUUCUGGAUGAAUUUAAUCAUCAUAUUUUUGAUAUGGUUUCUAGCAAUGAUGUUAAUGAGAAAAAAGGAGGCAUUUUGGCAAUUGUAUGCCUUAUUGGAGCUGAUGUUGUCAACAUGACUCCCAGAAUUAGUAGAUUUGCAUACUAUCUCAGAAAUCUAUUAACUUCUAAUGAUGUAGGUGUUAUGGAAUUGGUAGCUAAAACUAUGGCCAGUCUAGCCUUAGUAUAUGGUUCAAAAGCGUUUGAAUAUGUGGUUUUUGAGGUUAAAACAGCUAUAGAGUGGCUUACUGAAGACAGAGUUGAAUCAAAACGUCACGCGGCAGUAUUAGUUCUCAAAGAACUUGCUACUGCACUUCCUACUUACUUCUACCAACAAAUAUCUCAGUUUUUCGAGUCAAUAUUCUAUGCGAUUCAAGACCCAAAGCAAGUUAUAAGGGAAGCUGCUACUGAAGCUUUAAGGGCAGCUUUAGUGGUAACUGCUCAAAGAGAAAAUGCCAAAGACAAUCAAAGAGGCUCGCAUUCUUGGUAUAAACAAUGUUAUGAUAAUUCAGGACGACUUCUGCAAGUCGAAAGAGGAGAUCGGCUAAGGGAAGAUAAAGUUCAUGGUUGUCUUCUCAUCCUUAAUGAAUUAUUACGCUGCUCAAAUGCUCAGUGGGAGCGUAAAUAUGUUGCUUUGCAAGAAAAUACUGAUCCCAAACCCAUUUCUGAUAUAGACCAGUUUAGUUUCAAUAGACCACCCUUUAUGUAUCCGAUACAUGCAAAGAAGAAAUCAAAUAAUAUGAUUAUAUCAGCACUUGAUCCUGUUAAGCCUGUAAUAAUAGAGUCAGUGAUUUGCCAUCAGUUGGUUGAGGAGAAGUUCGAAUAUAUUUGUUAUGAUGUUAUAGCCCAAAGAUCAUUAAGAGCAAAUUUCAUCCAACAAACUUUACUAAAUAUUUUGCCCAGGCUCGCAGCCUUUAACAAAGAAAAAUUUGUACAAAAUCAACUGAAAUCUACAAUGAACUACCUUUUGAAUAUUUUAAAGGGUAGAGAAAAAGACAGAAAUAAUGCCUUUAUCACUAUAGGUUUGAUAGCUGUAGCAGUUGAGGAAGAAAUUGAACCCUAUAUCGAUAAAAUUAUGGAGUUCAUUAAAGCGGCUCUGCCAAGAACCGAUUCUACGAGUAAACGCAGAAACGCCAUAGAUUGUAGUGUUUUUAAAUGCAUUACAUACUUGGCUUUAGCUUUGAAACGACAUGAAAAAAUGGAAAUUCCUAUUAUUUUGGAGCAGAUGUUAACCACAGGUCUUAGUCAAUCACUUACAGUUUGCUUAAGAGAACUUGCAAAAAAAGUGCCCAUACAUAAGGAGAAAAUAAGUGUCGGUCUUCUCAAAAUUUUAUCCCAUAUUCUUCUGAACACUCCUUUAACUCAUCCAGGACAGCCUAAAGAUGAAAAUGCCGAAAAAGCACCAACGGUACACUUGAGCAUGGACACUCAUAAUACUCAACUAAUUAUUUUAGCAUUACACACGUUAGGUACAUUCGACUUUCAGGGCCAAAGGCUUUUGCCAUUCGUCGAACGUUGCGCCAAAUACUAUUUGGUACAUGAUGUGACAGAGAUAAGAUUAGAAGCUGUAAAGACUAGCAGUCGUCUGUUACGUAACGCCAUAAAAGCCCCCGAUGAAAAUAAUAGCGAAACAGUUUCCAACGCUCUCGCCGAUGUAUUACGAAAAUUACUGAGUGUUGGCUUGAUUGAUAAUGACGCUCAAGUUCGUUACGCAGUUUUAGCUUCUCUAGAUACAACUUUCGAUGAGCAGUUAUCGCAAGCAGAGUAUCUAGAUGCUUUGUUUAUUGCUUUGCAAGAUGAAGAGUUUAGGAUUAGAGAGGUUGCAGUUGUUACAAUUGGAAGAUUGUGUUGUAAAAAUCCAGCAUAUAUAAUGCCAAGUGUAAGAAAAGUGAUAGUACAGUUAUUGACGGAAUUGCAGCAUUCUGGUACAGGCAGGAAUAAGGAACAAGGCGCUACUCUUCUUGAUCACUUAGUGGUCAGAGCCCCAAGGAUGAUAAGGUCUUAUAUGGAACCCAUACUCAAGGUGUUAGUUCCAAAGCUGCGAGAAGCAGAACCUAAUCCCGCCGUUGUCCUCUCAGUCCUUUAUACAAUAGGAGACUUAGCAGAAGUAAGUGGAGGCGAUAACGAAUUGCAAGUAUGGAUGCAGGACUUAAUGGACAUUCUUCUUGAAAUUCUCGGAGACGCUUCGGCUCCAGACAAGAGAUGUGCCGCUUUAAUUACGUUGGGUCAACUAGUAGGUGCCACCGGUCACGUGAUUAGGCCUUACAGUCAAUAUCCCGGUUUAUUAGAUGUUCUUAUGAAUUUUUUGAAAACCGAGCAACAUCCUUAUAUUAGACGCGAAACUAUAAGAGUCUUGGGACUUUUGGGCGCUUUGGAUCCCUGCAAACAUAAAAUGCACCGGGGAGAAAUGGAUUAUUUACCUCAAGCACCCACGCUUAUACAAAUGCCAGACAAAAAUGCUACUGAAGACAGCGAUUUAACAUCUAGUGAGAUGCUUGUCAAUAUGAGUUCGAGUACUCUGGAAGAAUAUUAUCUGGCAAUGGCAAUAGCAACAUUAUUAAAAAUCAUAAAGGAUCCGGCUCUGAACCAGUACCAUACCAUGGUAGUGCAGGCAAUAACUUUUACAUUUAAAAGUCUAGGAAUCAAAUGUGUGCCUUAUAUUUCUCAGGUCUUGCCAAGUCUAUUAAAUGUUUUACGCACCGCUGACGUAAACUUGAGAGAAUUUUUAUUCCAGCAAUUAGCCCAGCUAAUAUCCGUCGUGAAACAGCAUAUCAGAAAUUACAUUGACGAUAUUUGUGAUUUGAUUAAGGAGUUUUGGACCCCCAAUUGCGCUAUACAAGGAACGAUUAUUACCCUUUUAGAAAACAUAGCAGAAGCUUUAGGAGCUGAAUUUAAAGUAUACCUGCCCCAAUUAAUUCCUCAAAUAUUAAAAGUUUUAAACCACGAUAGUUCCAAAGAUAAACAACACACAAUUAAGCUUCUUAAGGCCUUGCAUAGAUUUGACAAUAAUUUGGACGACUACAUGCAUUUGGUAUUGCCACCAAUUGUCAGAUUAAUCGACGCCUCUGACUAUCCUACAGCAGUAUCUAAACAAGCAUUAGAAACAAUAGAUCAAUUAGCUGAGUUAAUUGAUCUUUCAGACUACACUUCUCGUAUAACUCAUCCUUUAGUACGAGUUAUAGAUAAAAAUCCCGAACUGAGGGAUACCGCAAUGGACACAUUAUGUUCUUUAGUUAUGCAGUUGGGAAAGAAAUUUCGUAUAUUUGUACCAAUGGUGCAAAAAGUGGUUAUCAAGCAUAAAAUUUGUAAUAGGAGGUGGGAAACACUCGUUUCGACAAUCGAAGCUCAGACCACAAUGGCAGAUGAACUCGACUUACCCAUUCCUAGAAAUCAGCAAAAACGUAGUCAACAAGACAAGAAAGAAGUUGUACUUUCCGGCGAUACCUCAGUCAUGUCUCAGAGAUUAAAAGUGUUAGAGAAAAAUCUGCAACAGACUUGGGUGCAAGUUAGACAAGUUUCUAAAGAUGAUUGGCUAGAAUGGCUUAGAGGGCUCAGUUUAGAACUUUUAAAACAAUCUCCUAUACCCGCCCUCAGGUCUUGCUUACCUUUGGCACAGACUUACUCUCAACUUCCCAGAGAUUUAUUUAACGCCGCUUUUGUCAGCUGUUGGACGGACUUAAGUGAAAGUAUGCAAAAGGAAUUGAUUGGUUGUUUUGAGAAAGCUCUUAAUGUACCUGAUGUCCCCGAAAUUACACAAACAAUUCUAAAUCUAGCAGAGUUUAUGGAGCAUUGCGACAAGGGACCUUUGCCGUUGGAUGGUCACAUUUUAGGCGAACAUGCCAUGCAUUGCAGGGCUUAUGCAAAAGCACUGCAUUAUAAAGAAGAAGAGUUCUUAAGAUCCAAUAGCAAAAAUCAUCAAGUUAUUGAGUCUUUGAUUUCCAUAAAUAACAAAUUGCAACAAAAAGAAGCUGCCGAGGGUCUGUUACAGUACGUUAUGAGGCAAGGAAAUGACGUUCAAGUGCAGGUGCGAUGGUAUGAGAAACUUCAUAACUGGGAUAAAGCUUUGGGUCUGUACCAGGAAAAACUGGCUGUUGAUUCUUCAGAUCAGGAAGCUUGCCUAGGACAGAUGAGGUGCCUGGAAGCUUUAGGCGAAUGGAGUCAGCUGCAUAAUUUAGCAAUAAACAAAUAUGAGCUAUUGACUGGGGAUAAUAAGCAGAAGGCAGGCAGGUUGGCUCUGGCCUCUGCUUUUGGAUUACAUCAUUAUAAAUCCAUGGAGAGAUUCGUUGAGAGCAUACCUGAAGAGUGCCAAGAGGGCUCCUUUUAUAGAGCAAUUCUAGCCAUACAUAAAGAGCAAUACAAAAAUGCCCAAGAAUUUAUAAAUAUUGCUAGGGAUAUGAUAGAUACGGAGCUGACAGCUAUGGCUGGAGAAAGUUACCAAAGAGCAUACGGAGCUAUGGUACAAGUACAAAUGUUAAGCGAGUUAGAAGAGGUAAUGCAAUAUAAAUUAGUUCCGGAACGCAGAGAGUCCUUGAAGCAGAUGUGGUGGCAGAGGUUGCAAGCUGGCCAAAGGCUUGUCGAAGACUGGCAGAAAAUAAUACAAGUUCAUUCAUUGGUCUUGGAACCUCAGGAAGAUGUCAGGACUUGGCUAAAAUAUGCAUCCCUAUGUAGAAAAAAUGGAUCUUUGAAAUUAUCGCAUAAAACCCUCGUAAAGCUACUUGGAUAUGAUCCGGAGUUAAGUCCUGAAAAACCUCUUCCAAUUUCUCAACCACAAGUGACUUUCGCUUACUGUAAACAUUUGUGGCAAAUGGAUCAAAGACAGAGAGCCUAUGACCAAUUACAGACAUUUUUAACUAAUUACGUUCAGAUGGAGGGAGUAGAUACUAGUUUUGAGGAAAGACAAAGACUGUUAGCUAGGUGUUAUCUAAAAUUAGGAACUUGGCAAGAAAACCUGGAAGGCAUCAACGCGACAACGAUCCGGUCUGUGCUUAAAUGCUACGAAAAAGCAACAGAAUUCGACAAGGAUUGGUACAAAGCGUGGCAUUCUUGGGCAUAUAUCAACUUUGAAACUGUUCUAUUUUAUAAGAACAAGCAAGAAAAGGCAAAUGAGAAUGGCCAACAGAUUAGCCGAGCCGAAGAGAUCGAUAUCAAUGAGCACACAGUAUUGGCCGUAAGAGGAUUUUUCAAAUCUAUAUACUUAUCAAAAGGCAGUUCACUACAAGACACUCUCCGUCUUCUAACUCUUUGGUUUGACCAUGGCUUAUCCUCGCAAGUGUCUGAGGCAAUAUCAGACGGCAUUCGAUAUGUGGAUAAAAAUACAUGGCUGCAAGUUAUUCCGCAAUUAAUCGCGAGGAUAGAUACGAACAGAAUAUUGGUGGCAAAGAAUAUUCAUCAUUUAUUAGUUGAUAUUGGGAAAAUACAUCCACAGGCCCUAGUAUACCCGUUAACAGUAGCUUCGAAGAGUAAUUCACCAAUCAGACGUAGCGCAGCCAAUAAAAUAUUAAAAUCAAUGAGUGAACAUUCUCCCACUUUGGUCAGACAAGCUCUGAUGGCUUCUGAGGAGCUGAUCCGGGUUGCCAUCCUAUGGCAUGAAAUUUGGCACGAGGGAUUGGAAGAAGCAUCGAGAUUGUUCUUUGGUGAAAGGAACGUGGAGGGUAUGUUAAGGAUCUUAGACCCCCUCCAUCAGAUGAUGCAGAGAGGGCCUCAAACUUUAAAAGAGACCAGUUUUACGCAGGCGUACGGUCGUGAUUUGGCUGAUGCUCAUGAGUGGUGUCAGAGAUACAGGCUUUCAAGUAACAUAAGAGAUUUAAAUCAAGCUUGGGAUCUCUACUAUCACGUGUUCAGAAGAAUUUCCCGACAGUUACCCCAACUGACCUCGCUGGAACUACAUUAUGUGUCGCCCAAUCUAUUGAAAUGUCAAGAUCUUGAACUGGCUGUACCUGGUAGUUAUGUACCUGGCCAACCACCUGUUAGAAUAGCGUAUUUCCAUCGUUCAUUAGAGGUAAUAACUUCUAAACAACGCCCAAGAAAACUAGUAAUCCGCGGUAGCAACGGCAAAGACUACAUGUUCCUGUUAAAGGGUCACGAAGACCUUCGACAAGAUGAAAGAGUCAUGCAACUGUUCGGAUUAGUCAAUACUCUCUUGCAAAAAGAUCCUGAUACUUUCAGGAGAAACUUGACCAUACAGCGAUACGUUGUCAUACCUUUAAACACAAAAAGCGGACUGAUUGGUUGGGUGCCGCAUUGUGAUACGCUACACACACUCAUCCGAGACUAUAGAGAUAAGAAAAAGAUUCUGUUAAAUAUUGAACACAGGAUUAUGCUGAGGAUGGCUUCCGAUUACGAUCACUUGACAGUGAUGCAAAAGGUGGAAGUGUUUGAACAUGCUUUGGAACAUACGCACGGCGAUGAUUUGGCAAGGCUGCUGUGGCUUAAGAGUCCUUCCUCUGAGGUGUGGUUCGAACGCAGAACGAAUUACACCAGGUCUUUGGCUGUGAUGUCCAUGGUUGGAUAUAUUUUAGGUUUAGGGGAUAGACAUCCCUCCAAUAUUAUGUUGGACAGACUGAGUGGCAAGAUUUUGCACAUUGAUUUUGGAGACUGUUUUGAGGUUGCUAUGGACAGAGAAAAGUUCCCGGAAAAAAUUCCGUUCAGACUGACGCGGAUGCUCAUCAAUGCUAUGGAAGUUACUGGUAUAGAGGGUACUUAUAGACGAACAUGCGAGAGUGUGAUGUCGGUGCUUCAUAGAAAUAAAGAUAGUCUUAUGGCUGUGUUAGAGGCGUUUGUAUAUGAUCCCUUAUUGAAUUGGCGGUUGAUCGAAACGAAUUAUAGAAAUAGGUCUAACACGGGUGAAGUGGGCAGCUUUUCGACCGGAACCUCUCAAGAUAACGAAAUAACGGAGUCAUUGAGUGUGGUUCAUAGAAGGUCAUUAUUAGCAGAGAUUUCCAAUGAUGGUUCUCAGCCAGAGACUGUUAGCAAGAAGGCUGUGAAUAUUAUAAAUAGGGUAAGGGAUAAACUGACUGGCAAAGAUUUCCACUCCGAGGAAAUGUUGACGUUCCAGAAGCAAGUGGACUUGCUUAUUCAACAAGCCACAAGCAAUGAAAACCUAUGCCAGUGUUACAUUGGGUGGUGUCCUUUCUGGUAGAUGUCCUCUGAACUUUUCUUCUAAAUCGCAAUUCGCUAGAUAUUCAGCAACCAUCAGCCUUUUGUGUCAGAAAAGAAGUGAUAUAGCAUUAGAUAGCGAGUUCUCCUGACUAUAUCAUAUUUCCUCAAAUUAAAAUAUGUCAUAUAAUUCACCCUUAAGCCCCAGAUUUUACCUAAACGGUUAAAAAAGAAUGAAGGGAACAGUAAAAGUCAAGUUAAUUAUUUACUUAUGAUUUCUCUGCUAACUUAGCAGAUCAUAUUUUCAAGGUGUUAAAUUUGUAUUUUACACUAAUGCUAGCCAUUUGCUUACUAAUUUUAGUGUUCAGUGAGUACUGAAAUAAGCGCAAAUAGUUUUUAAUUAAACGCGUUGCGUUCUGGCCACUUUUAAAACAACAUGCACAUUAUUCUUAUAGCAAGAUUUUUUAAUCGCUAUCAUUAUUACAUGUGUAUCAUGUUUGACAUAUAAUAUCUAUAUAGAUAUUAUAUGUUAAACAUGAUACCUACGAUAUCGGGCGUGCAUUUAGCAAUUAAUUAUGAUUAAAAUAAGGCGCAAAUGCUAUGCUUUUUAUUUAAUGAAAUACUCGUUAAAUCCAUUUAUUAAUGAGGUUUUUAGGUUUGAAUCAAGCUUAGCAGUGGGAUAAAAAACCAUUUUGCAAUUCACAAGCUUUAUUUAUGAGAAUAAUAAAUUCUCAACGCGUUACUCCUUUUGACUCAUUUUUAGGAAUUCUGUAAAUAGGAAAGUUCAGUAUUAUGGACAAGAAAUAAAGAUUUUGACACCAAAUAAAAUGAGUUAAAUCUUUCAUAAAGGUAUAUUGAUAACGGUAAGUUAGUUUUAUGUAGAAAAUAGGAUGUAACUUUUUUUCUGAAAAUUUGGUUGCUGUGGUAAUAUAAACGAAAUAAUAAGAUGGAAAAUCGUUACAGAUCUAUAAUGAAAAAGUAUCAUACAAAAAUUGCUAAAUAAACAACUAACCACAAAAAAUAAACCACCUUGUUAGUGGUAAAAACUAAAUAUUAAAAAAACAUUAUUCAGAACAAGGUAAAUUCUGAACUCCUCCCAUUUCAAACCAAAAUAUCAUAGCUAAGAAAGAGGAUAUUCUGUAAGUGCUGAGUAGCGAAUUUUAUCAUCAAUUUUAACAUCGAAUAUUAACAAAUUAAGAAGAGAAUCAAAUCAAAUUAAAAAGGGAGUAGAAGACCAAAUGGCAUGAAAACUUUUUCGUUGUGUUAAUUUAAAGUUAUACUAUUGAAAAAAAAAUUAGUCUGAUUCUGACGCGUUGCUUUUAGAUAUAAGUGUGGCUUUUAUACUCUUUUAUACUUUAAGGCAAAAUAAAUAAUUUCACUCGUGGAAUAAGUCACUAGAAUCGUCAGAUUACAUAUUCCAACGCUAAUGCAGAAUUUAGCUUAAUUAAGAAUAAAAUGUUGAAACUAGCUUGAAAAAGGCAUCCUCUAUCGACACGCUUUUUCUGAACCGAAACUGAUUUUAAGAAUGUACUUUAUGCUUUAUCUCUAAUAUUGGAUUUGUAACAGUUAAUUUUGCAGCCUCUAUUAAUUUAUUAAGCAUAUUUCGAUAUGCCCUAAAUCCAUUGGCCAGCACAUUGUUAUUUGGAGAUUUAUUUUUUGAUUUAUUUAUCCAAGGCUUUUUAUUAACUUUAUUGCACAUAUACGUUUUGUACUUGUAUUUAUAUCAAUUAGGUUUUAAAUAGACUAUAUAAAAUUUUCUGUUGCAAUGUCAAGGUUCAUGAUACCAGUUGAAAAAAUGGUGGUGAAGCCAGAUUUUUCAGAAAUUUCAUUAAAUUUUCUUAUUAUCAUUUGAACAUAUUGCUCACAAAGAAUGCAUCGUUUUGUUCACACCAAAAACCUCGUUUGAGUAGUUAUUUUCUUCCAUUUUUGAUUUUUUAAGCAAUUUCUUUUUAAAUACUGUAAUUAAAGCUAUUCAUCAUUUUUUAAUCACGGUGAUUUAAUUUUUAUAAUAUUCCUAAAAUAAUCUGAUGAUCCGUUCGGGAAUAUGCUUUUACUUGAGAAAUGUUGACAAAAUAUUGAAUAAAAUACGGGGUGUCAUUUAUAUAAUAUAAACGAUUAUGAAUAAAUAAAUGUACAGGGGUUUUUAAGCAGUAAUUGAAAUUUUAACUAGUGGUUGACUUUAAAAAUUCAACUAUGGCUGAUAAAUAUUUAUUUGAAAUUCUUUGAGUAAAAAAUAGAUUAUUUUAUUUAAAACCAUUAUACAAAAAGAUUCAAGAGGUCUUUUGUCUUAAAAUAGAACAAAUGUGGUGAACAGUGACAAUAUCUUAAGUCAUAUAUCAGUGAUAGGUAUAUGGCUUAAUGCAAAACAAAUUGGUUUUGAGUACAUACAAUUUCUGAACGGAAAUUAUAUUAAAUACAUAUUUGUUUUAUUUAUUUUUUUUAACUUCCCGUAUCUGGGAAUGUAGUAUUUUUUUAUUGUCGACUGGGGUUCAACUAUAACUAAGCAUAUUUUUACGUACAUUUAGUAUUACGUAGCUUUUUGACUUUUUCUUCUUAAGGAUAGAUAAAAGUAUUUGUAUGUGUAUGAAAUAAUAUGAUAUUGUAUUAUAUGCAUAUUUUCUUUAUUUUAAGACAAGAUUGCUAAUUUUCAGUCAUCCUUGUGUUUCAUAAAAGGUGCUAAUGAUCUCAGCAGGUUUCUUAGCAUAUUAAGGACUAUUCUUAUACGCUCUUGCAAAGCGGGCCGCGUGCCAGUCAGGAAUAUUCAACAAUUUGUUCGUUGUCUAAAAUCCCAUUUUUAAGUGGUUAACCCACUAUUAUGCAAGACAUUCGCCAAAUUUUCAGAAAAUAACUUAAUUCCAUAAAUAAAUUCUAAUUUUGUGAAUAAAUAAAUCUUUUUGAAUUUAAUUCAUUUUGCAAGGAAAAUCGUUUUGUUUACUUUUAUGAAUUUUAUUACGCAGUAACAAUUCUUUUUAAAGGUUGGUAAUUAUAGUACUUAUUUAUUUAAAAUAUCAUAUAUUAGAAUAAAUCUUGACCAUUUUUCAAUAUAAUAAAAUUUUGCGUUUAACGAUUAGAUUUUUAAAAUUUUGUCAUUUCAUUUAUAGUUAGUAGUACUAAAUAAAAUAUAAUUUUAGUAAACCAGAACUGUAUCAAGAAGGAGGGAAUGCAUAACUUGUAGACAUUAUUUUAUCAUUGAUAGGCUCGUUUUUGUAUUUGGAAUAAUGAAUUUAAUAAAAACAGACAAAGGUCUUUUGAUCUUUAGGCUACUUGAGUAACAUCUAAAAAAUUAGAUUAGGAUGAAAAUUUUAGUUUAAUUUAGUUUGAUUUACUAAAAUCAAUAGAAAAAGUUAAUUAUAAAUUAUAUUAUAUAUUAUUAAAAAUCGCGCGAGUAAAUUUUAUUUAAAUUUGCUUCUAAUAAAUCAAACUAUAAUUAUGUUUUCAUUCUAAUCUUAUUUUUUAGUUGGCACUAAAGAUGGUCCAAAGGAUUUUGUCUGUUUUAAUUACUCGAAAUACGAAAUCCAGGAUAUUAGGAUUUUUUUUUAUCGAAAUUAGAUUUUUUUUUAUCGAAAUUAGGAUUUUUUUUUAUCGAAAUUAGAUUGUUUACCUAAAAACCACUUUAUUAAUCCAACGUCUGCAUUGAAAUUUCUACCGCAGGUUUAGAACUAUUUACUUUACGUAAAUGCGAAAACCUACCUUAAACAAGGCUGAAUAUUUUUGUUGCUAUUUAACCUACAUUGUGUUUAGUGUUUAAGUUAUAAUGUAAUUUGUUAAGUUGCUAUUAGAAUUAUAUGUACAUAUUUAGUUUAGAACAAGUGCCCAAAUAUAGAGUAUUUGUAAUUUGUUUUAAUAAGUUG